AUUGGUGGGAGUGAUGAGUGGUAGGAGGUGGUGUUGGUAUGUGCGGCAGGAGCCUUUCUGAAGGGGUCGCUUCAUGUCCGAUGCAACAUGGCAACUGAGGUGGGAGAAGAGUGGAAGAUGAUUUAAGGGUUGAAGUGUCCAACUGGAGCAUCUGUAAUUUUGAAUGCCAUGGCAUUAGAUGCAAGAUUUACCACCUUUAAGGAGUUCAGUCAUUUAUAUUACCUACUUAAUGCGAUUCCAGCAAAAGUACAGAAAGGAUUUCGAAAUGUACUUGUGCAUCUCACAGCACUGGAUGCCAAUAAAGACUACAUUGCAGUGGGCAGUAACAUCGGCAUGCUCUACCUCUACUGCAGACGGCUGAACAAAAUGACAAAAUAUAAUUUAGAGGAUCAUCACGUUGACAGUUUCAAUCCCAGGGCGCAUCUCCAGAAUGCACAGAUUUUUGGUAAGACUGAGAUUAUUAGAGUGGUGAAAUUGUUGGCUUGCUUUGAUGACCUUGUAGCUGUUGGGACAGCUUCAGGAAGAGUGACACUUUUCCAGUUGGUUUCCCGAUUGCCUGGAAGAAACAAGCAGUUGCGCAGAUUUGAUGUUGUGGGCAUCCAUAAAGGUAGUAUUACAGCACUAGCCUGGAGCAGCAACGGAAUGAAACUGUUCUCUGGGGACGAUCAGGGUAAAGUUGUUUAUGCUGCUGUGGACCUGGAUCAGGGUGUUUGUAGUCCUAGUGUGAUAUUAGAAGAUGCAUCUCCUAUUGUACAGUUGGACUACACUCAGAAAAUACUUCUUGUUUCAACUUGCCUACGCUCUAUUCUCAUUUAUACUGAGCAGAAUGUUCUCAAGCAGGUUGGAAGCCAGCCAAGAAAAAUUGCUGGAAAAUUUGGAGCAUGUUUCAUACCAGGCCUCUGCAAACAAACUGACGUUAAUUUGUAUGCUUCAAGACCUGGACUUCGACUCUGGAAAUCAGAUGUACAAGGAACAGUGCAGUUAACACUCAUUCUAAAAGGUGUAUUUGCCAGUGGUGUAAAGCCAUUUGAGUUGUUGCCACGAGCAAGUUUGACAACUAAAAUCAAAGAUGUCAAAACAACUGAGAGAAACCUUGGCCUAUUAAAAUGCUGCUUACAAGACGGAUGGGUACUGAGCUGGAAUGAGACUAGUAUUUAUGUGAUUGAUGCAGUUAACCAGGCUCUGAUUGGUGGACUGGAAGGGUUCAGUAGUAUUCUCUCUGUUUCCUGUGUGGAAGAUGAGAUUUUCAUAUUGACUGAUGAUCGUGAUAUUAUUCGGAUCUCCAGCAAAGCAGAAGGUUUGAAAAUGGGUGUAAAAUCACAUUUAAGCUCCCUGACAGCAACCACCUGCAGUGAAUCAGUUCAUGAAAGAGCGAGCUCAACUGACUCAAGAGAAAUGCAAAACGAUGACAUUUCGAGAAGUGAUUCAUUUGAGAUGCAACAGACACCAUCUUCUGAGCCUGCACAAUUGCCAAGUCUGAAUACCAAAAAUGAUGGUGAGAGACAAGCAUGGGACGAGCCAGCAGAAAGAAGAUAUUCAUUCACUAGUGAGCCCAGAAGCAGAAGCAGUUCUCUCAAUAGUAAUAUUAGUGUUUUUAGCCACGUAACCACUCCAGAACACCAGGUAGGAACACUUACCUCACCUGUUACGUUAACAAAAGUCCCAGAGUCCUUGGAGAGGUUCAGUGCAAUGAACAUGGAAGAAUUCAAUCAACAACUGGUUGUUGUUUCCGUAAAAAAGAAGAAGAAACGAAAGCAAGCAAGUUUGACAUCGGAUGGCAGCCUGGUAAAACAUGAAAUUGACUAUUCCAAUAGCUCUCAAACUUCAGAGCCAGCACCGUUGAGUGACUUUGCCAUUGAUAGUUCUGUAGCCACAACUUGUGAUUUGUCAGAUCAACUGAGCUUGUUGAGCAGCAGUCUGGAUCACUUGAUGACAGAUUCCCCUGAACAGGAGAGCCAGAUUAGUACGGACUCAAAUAAUGUUUUGCAGAAUGUGGACAGUCACAAUCUUUUCAGCUCAACUCAGCUUCCUGAAUUGAUACCAACAUCACAAGAAGAUCCUCUCCCUUUAGACUGUUUGACAGAAUCUUUGAGAGAAACAAAUGAAAAUCUGUAUUCUUCAGAUCAUCCAAGUUUUGCAGAAUGUUCAGUUCCUGUAUCUUCUGUGGAGUUAGAAAACUUAGACAGUUACUGUGAUCAAAAUGAUGAGCCCACUGACAAGGCUUCAUUGUUGAAUUGUUCUGAGCCAGUAAUGAAUCUGCAAGCAGAUUUGGGUGGAACAAUGAUUGAUGAAACCCACAACAGUGAACCCUUGGAACUAAAAUCUCAAGAUCCAGAAAAUACAGCGUUGACUGGUAGUCUUCAUUUGCAAGAAUCUUUAAGUGAAAGCUCAGAAACAUAUUUGGAUGAGCGACAUGCGUUACUAAUGAGAAUUCUGUCUCCAGAUAAAGAUCCGAACAAACAAGAAACUAAAGAAUUUUCCCAGCUUUAUGUUUUAUAUAAAGAGCCACAAUUGUUAGACCCAGUUGAAAAUACACAAGUAUUGGAGGCUGUAGGUUCUACUGACAAUGGCAGCUCUGAAAGACAGAAUCCCCAAGAACCGUGUUCAUCAUCCAGCGAUGAGGAUGAUAUUUAUGGUCAUGGAGUUCCUCAUUCAUUAUCCGAAACCAGUGUGGCUGAACUCUUUCACAGUCAUGAUGCUGGCGAAUCAUUAGGUGCAGUAUCCCAAGAUUCUGCAGAUGAAAUGGAACUUUUAAAAUCUGAUCAGUUUGCUGAGAGCUGGAUGGGGUACCCAGGCCCUGGCUAUAGUAUCUCUAGCUUAGUAGUCUCUGAAAAGCAUGUCUGGUGUUUGGAUUGCAAGGGUGGUCUAUACUGUAGCCCCUUUAUUGGUACUGGUCUGCGGUGGCAAAAGUUUGAAGAUGGUGUCCAGCAGGUGGCAGUAUCGCCUUCAGGUGUGUUACUAUGGAAAAUUGAACAAAAAUCUUGCAAAGCAUUUGCCUGUGGUAAAGUGACAAUGAAGGGAAAGAGACAUUGGUAUGAGGCCUUACCUUGUGCUGCUUAUGUUGCUUUAAGUGACGACAGUGCAUGGAUCAUUCAAACCAAUGGAGAGCUAUAUUUGCAAACAGGCCUUAGUGCGGAUCGUCCAUGUGCCAGAGCAGUGAAGGUGGAUUGCCUUUGUCCUUUAGUGCAAAUUAUUUCCAAGAAUAAUGUGGUGUGGGCUCUGACGGAGCAGCGGACAAUUCUCUUCAGAAAAGGCAUCAGUAGUUUUUGUCCAGAAGGAGAGCAGUGGGUGUCUGAUAUUGUAAGUGAAAGACAAAUGCUGGAAUUGGUUUGUUUAGCAUUUGGAGACCAGCAGACAGUCUGGGCUUUAGAUACAAAUGGUAAUCUCUGGUUCCGUACUGGCAUAUCUUCAAAGAAACCUCAAGGUGAAGAUGAUCACUGGUGGCAGGUGAGCAUUACAGAUUAUGUGGUCUUCGAUCAGUGCAAUAUCUUCCAGACAAUAAUUCAUGCAACACAGACUGUGGCCACAGUUGCCCAGGCACCGGUAGAGAAAGUAGCUGACAAACUGCGGGGUGUCUUAUGGUCACAACAGUCUCCAUCUCAACCAAGUCUCAUCAGUGUUAACAACUGUGGUGUGUGGAUUAUAUCGGGGAAAAACGAAUUCCAUGUAGCAAAAGGAAAUCUAUUAGCUACAUAUUGGAAGUCAGUUGUACCACGAGGAACAGUAUCGGCGACAAAAUGGGCUUUUGUUGUGGCUUCCAUGGCCCCUACUAAAAAAGGAAGUUUUCUAUGGCUUGGACAAAGCAAUAAAGAUCUUUUCUGCAUCAGUGAUCAAAGUCCUGAGUUACGGCCCUCUACUGUACAAUUGCCUCCAGAUGUAGAGAUGGUACAGAUUUCUGCCAGUCAUGAUGCAGUAUGGGGUCUGGACGUGAAGGGCAAAAUUCAUAUAAGGACAUUGUCAGAAAACUGCCCAAGUGGUAUGCACUGGACCAAACUGGAUCUUACACAGUUAGGAAGCAUAAAAUUAGCAGGCCUAGCUUGUGGAGGUCAGCACGUGUGGGCUUGUGAUGUUGAUGGAAUUGUUUAUUUCCGUGUGGGGACACAACCAUUAAACCCCAGCAUGAUGCUGCCUGCUUGGAUAACCAUUGAACCACCAGAACAGCCACUGGGAACACAACUGAUCAAUGUUUAUUGUAGCCCCAAUGACCAGAUGCUUUGGGCCAUUGACAAUCGUGGAAAUGUGCAUGUUCGAAUUGGAAUAACAGAAGCCAUGCCUGUAGGAACUAAUUGGGAGCAUGUGCCAGGUUUGCAGGCAAGUCAAUUAACUGUGAGCAACAGAACAGUUUGGGUCCGUUGUUCUAAUGGGGACAUAGCACGUCGUUAUGGAAUAACGAACAAAAAUCCUCCAGGCGAUUAUUGGAAAAAAAUUCCCGGCAAUGUGGCUUGCAUAACCGUAACUCCUCAAGAUGAACUGUGGGGCAUUGGUAAUGGAGGAUCCCUCCUUCAACGACUUACCAAGAAUUUUAGCCAUACAGGUUCACUGGUUAACCCGAACCGGAACGCUGGUUUGGGCCAAUUUGAUGACUUUGAUGAUGAAUGGGAGAUUAUCUGAAGAUUGGGAGCAUAGUUUAUUGUAGCAUUAAGCUGAUUUAAUUAAACAGUUUACAUUUACUUUCUGUACACAAUUUUAAACCUGUUAAGGUUAAAUAUUGUAUUUGGUUAACGUGGUGUACACAUUUGUCCAUUAUUGUCAUUAUAAUUAUAUGGCUUUGGGGUUUCUGCCACCAUUGGUAUAUACAAAUUGCUAUGUAAUUCAAUAAAGCAACUAAAGUACUUGGAGUCCUGUCUUCAGAUUGGACAACCACUGCCAGAGUAUGCUUCUGACAGAAUAUCAUAUUUGGACUGGCUUGGUUGCCAAUCAUUUACUAAUCCAUAUAAAUGCUUUAAGUUGUUGUUUGACAUGCCGACAUGAACUGAAUGGUUUGUUCAUUGUUUUUUUGCAUCAUAUGGAUUGAAUGCAUAUUUUAUAGAGCAAAUGAUUCUUUUUUUUUGUCGCUAUAGUGACAGCAUGUCUAUUUUCCCUAAACUUGCAGUCACCCUGAAACUCAGAUUAAUUUCUGUGACUGGAAGCCAGCAAUCCUCAAUCUAAAAACACAUUCUGUCGUGGAUUUGGGUACGAUCACUUUACACAAUAAUGUCGUAAAAUAAUUUGCAAUUAUUUUAAGUUCUAAUGUAUUGGUAUCUGACAGUAAAAGCCCCAAAAGUUCUAAUAAUUGUAGAUAUCAAAAUAAUGCAAUUUCCAAAAUGUUCUCUGGUUUAAAGUCUUAGAAAUAAGUAGUACACUUGUUUAAAUGUUAUUGAAUAUUCCAAAAUUGCCUUAUUAAAUAUUAAUUAUUGUAAAUAGUAAAUGUGCACAACUAUAGUAAUAAUUUGAGACUUUCAUGACCUUUGACUUUUUUUUACUCCUUUUUAAGAAGUGACAUAAACAAGUAAUAGCCAAAAAUGAUUAGUGAUACUUUUUGCCUACCCACUGCAGAAGUAACAAUGUUUACACUUUCCAGAUAAAUAUUAACCAGAUGUGUAUGUACAGUUCAGAUGCAGUUUCUGUAUAUUCUAAAAGGUUAGUUCAGUUGUAAUUUGCACUUUGAGCAGUUGUAGUGAGUACUUUGAGGAAACAUUAUAAAGAGAUUGCUUGCAUUUAUUAUAUGGUAUGUUAUGUCCCAUUGUAUUGGGUAUGACUAACUUUUUUCUGAAAAUCUGUGAAUGAGUUUUCUUCAGUAAAAAUUACAGAAUGAAAUAUCCAAAAAUUAAUUCAUCCUAGAAAUUAAAUAUUCACAAACAAUAGCACAUUUUUUAAAAGCUAAAAGUAGAUGGAACAUUAAUUCAGUUGCCCAAACAUUACUAGUUCAUUCAAAACAUAGUCUUUAUAGCGCAGCCCUUUUAUUCAAUUUUGUAUACAAAUCCCUUAAAUUACAAGGGAUUUGUGUAAUCGGCAGUAUAGUUGUGUAGCAAUUCAUGCCAGAUUUCCAAAUAAAUAUCUGGAAAAAUUAAACUCGUGAAAGCCCAUUCUGUGCUCUAGUUGAUACUCUUCAGGGAAUGAGAAGCUAACUUGACUGAUCACUCACUUUCCCUUGGAAUCCAAUAGGUUGGAUAUUUGUUGAAAUCUGUUUAAAAGCUUUAUCGUUGUUAAGCAGAGUUUCCAUAAGUGAAACUGAAAAUAUUUUAAAAUAUAGAGAAUUGGGUUUGCAAAAUUAUGUUUCAAUUUUAUCCACAUCAGUUUUUAUUGUUUUUAUCAAUUUUAAUUAAGUCCAGUCAAAUGAAUUUUUGUAAUGUUGGUCCUCCCCAUGACAACAUAACUGACUGUGUAUGAACUGUAAAUAAUUACACUGAGCUUUUUGGAUAUUCUCUCACUGAAAAUAAUAUAUGUGAAUGUGAUACUAAGAAGUAUGGAAGUGUUUAAUUCCCCAUGACUUUCACACGGGCAUAAAACAAUAUAAGUUCAAUAGGAAAAGAUGAUAUUCGAAAAAAUAAAAAUCAACUCUAAUGGGAGUAUUAUAAUUGCAAAAGUUUGCAAAGUGGCAAAAUUAGUUUGCACAGCUAAAUGUCUAGCCUGUGUAUGUGAACUCGUUUGCCACUUCUUGGUAAAUGAUACUGGAAAUUCUGAUGUAAUUAAAAAUAAACUUCGUUCCUCAACUUAAUUUUCAUUCUUUGAAAGGAUUGCAGCAAUUAUGUUCAAUUGAUACAUUAGAUGCUUUUUACAAAUGUAAAAUAUUUUAAGCUGUUUAUAAAAUGUCUUUGCAAUAGUACAUUGUGUAAAAUUUACAGUGAUUGUUAAUCCUGGGACUGAAUUUUCAGUGAGUAAUAUGCUGUCUUAAGCUGUUCAAAGGAUUGUGUGCAUUAACAUGAUGUUGCAGCUUUACAUGGUCUUUAUCGAAAUUUCAUCUAAAAUGUUUUGCUGUCCAGAAUACUUGUAGAUAUUAAAAUGUAAAUUGUAGAUAAAUUGAGAGUCUUUGCUAUGGCUGAAUUCACAAGAAAAAGCUCUGGGGUAUUUAAACUAUGCUAUAAUCUAAACUGUACUACAUGCAUGGUAUUGUAUAUUUAAAUUAUUAUUUAAAUUUAUUAUGUUUUACAUUUGUGUUUCAGAAGUAGUCUUGUUCCCAAAAUACUACCUAUACUUGUUUGUAUAAGCUAGCAAAAAUUAAAUAAAAGAAUUAAAAGAUCUUUUUACAUCUGUUUUGUAUAAUUUAUUAAAAUUCUUCCUUUAUUUUAAGCUAGAAAUUCUGAAGCUGAAGUUAACUAUUUUUUAAGAAUUGAAAAUGAAUAAUUGUACCCAUUUGUCAUUAUGCCCACUGACUAAAUAAAGUUAAU